AUGUGGAGGCCGGGGCUAGCUGGCGCUAUACGCGCCGCACGGCGGGCGGCGGCGGCACGGCGGCAGAGUGGAGGCGCUGGGGACGCCCCGCUGGCGGGAAGAGCCGCCUCUAGCCUUGGCGGAAAGGUGAGCCAAUUACAAUAUGCUUCAGAAAUGCAAAGCAAGACUGUUCAGUUCGUGAAUUUAAGAAAUGUGGGAACUCUGAAUGACACGAGCUCUUUAGAUGAGACCACUUAUGAAAAACUGGCUGAAGAAACACUGGACUCCUUAGCAGAUUUCUUUGAGGACCUGACAGAUAAGCCUUUUACUCCAGAAGAUUAUGAUGUCUCUUUAGGGAGUGGAGUCCUAACAGUUAAGUUAGGUGGAGACAUGGGAACAUACGUCAUCAAUAAGCAAACUCCAAAUCGGCAGAUUUGGCUGUCCUCACCCACUAGUGGGCCCAAGCGCUAUGACUGGACUGGACGGAACUGGGUGUAUUCCCAUGACAGAGUGUCCCUUCAUGAACUACUAUCAAAGGAAUUUUCCACAGCAUUAAAAACUAAAUUGGAUUUAUCCUGCUUAAUAUAUUCUGGAAAAGAAGAUACUUGAUGUUUUGCCUUACGGGAGUUUAAAGACUUUAACCAGAAGCUAAAUCUAUCCUUGUUUUCUGAAAUACCUGAGCUUAAUUCUGUUGUUGUUUCUCUUGACAUCACAAUGUUGUGCAACAAAAAUGAAAAUAAUAUAUUUUUUUCUCUAGUGCUCAGUCUUUGUGUUUGUGUCACUGCUAGAAUCUGUGUCCAUGUAGUACAAGUGGUUGGGGUUGCCCUUCCCAUCACUACGUUUCUUACUGCCAAGGUCAGUCAUGAAUUCUUACUGUCUGUAGUCUUGUUUGGAUGUAAUGAUUGACCCACCUAGUGACUUCUCACCAGCCCACGGAUGCUAAACUUAUUUUGGUGAGACAUACACCAAAACCAAGAAAUGCUUGUGAAUUGCGUAAGUUAUGGUACUGUGAACGAAUUGCAUUAAAAUCCGUGGCUAUUGCGAGUGAAUAACGUAUCUCAAAUUGAACAUGUCAUAAACAAAUUAUCAUGGUAACUUUCAUUUUGUGUAAUGCAUGUAAAUAAGAGUUUUUCUCUCAGUAUUUCAGAACUCUCUUCCUCAAAUUUUGAA